AUGGCUCCCACUCGUGACCUUGCGCCCGCGAAGGGCCGCAAUCGCUUCAGACUGAGGCGGCCCUCAGUCUCCAUCCCAGACAGCACUCCUCUAGAGACACUCGACUUCUCAAACGCCAACGUUUCCGACAUGUCACUCGCUCCCAUGGAUCGUUCGGCAGACAACAGAUCCGACUUGAGUACCAGCUCAUCUGAGGCCUGGAGACGCAAGGACGGCAGCGCAAAGCCUCCUCUCAUGUUCAAGCCCCCUGCCCUCCGCUACCGCCAGUCUCGUCCAGAACUCAACCGGCCAUGGAGACGUUCUACUGAGAAUGUUUACCCUUCUGCCGACGAAACAAAUGACUCGGACGUGGAGUCGAAGUACAGUUUUGACUCUCACUCCACCAUCACGACCGCUACCAGCGUCGAGGAUUUUGAUACAUACCCCAGCAAGUCUGACGCUCACACCUCAGCAGUCCGGACUCGGCCGUUGACUGUUGAGAAACAAGUCGUAAAGACAAAUACCGUUCCACCUCCACCAGCCAAGCCCGCCAACCUCAAAGGCACCCGUGUCGAUAUUGUCGCUCCCAGCAGACAGACCGUACAUAUCGAGGUGGCGCCCGCAGCCCCGGCCCCUCCCGUGGUACAGCACAUAACUUCCCAGGACCUUCGCGAACGUGAGAAGGUCGAAGAUGGGCUUCUCAAAGAGAUCUUUCGCGAACGUGUGAAGGUCGAAGAUGGGCUCCUCAAAGAGAUCUCCCGUAUGAAAGAGGAGACCAAGAGCCUCCUCGGCAAGCAGUCUGAUACCGACAAAAGGCUUGAGGACGCCCUGGAGAGACUUUCUUCCCUCUCUGCAGACAAGGACAAGGUCGAGAAAAAGCGCCGCGAGGAAAAGAGUCUCAAAGACAAGAUCGCCCGCGAUUUCGAGGAACAGAGCCGUCUCCUGAAUGAAGUCAAGAGCUGUCUCAGCGAACAUGAGAAGAAGCUUGAAGAUGUUGCACGUGAGCGGGACCAGCUCAAGGGCAUCAAACAACAGCUGGAGGCCAAGUCCAACGACCUUGAGAAGGAAAUUGCUCUUGAAAGGGAUGCAAAGGAGGAGGCCGCCAACAAGAACGCCAUCCUGCAGAUGGACAUUGCCGAACAAGAAAAGAUCAAGAAGCACUUUGAGACUAGGUGUCGCGACCUAGAGAGGAGUGUCGGCGAUGCUCACUAUGUAACCAAGGAGACUGAGCGCGCCCUCAUCGAGAGGAUCGCUGCGCUGGAGUUGACGAAGGAGAGCCUUCAGAUGCGCGUUACGGGACUCGAGAAGGAGCUCAUCCUUAAGGGAACCGAGAUCGGAGACAUCACUGCUGAGCGCAACCUCUUGCGUAUGGAUGUCGACAAGUACAAACCCCAGGUUGAUCAACUCAACAAAGAAAACGGUGCCUUGGCCGAAGCCAACAAGGGCUUGCAAGCCCGCAUCGACGAUCUCGACCAACAGAAGAAGGGUCUAGAAGCCAACAUCGAGAAACUAGAGACCGAGAAGAAGAGCGCUCUGGAAAGCUACGAUGCUCUCGAAACCGAGAAGAAGGGCCUCGAGGCUGACAUCGAAAAUCUCAACACCGAAAAGAAAGAUAUCCAAGACCAAUUUAGUGCUCUCGAAGUUGAGAAGCAAGAAGUCGAGGUACGCCUCACACAACUCGAGACCACCAAUACCGACAUUCAAAGUCGGUUUGAGAGCCUCGAAGCUACCAAGGGCGAGCUUGAAGUCAGCAAGGGAGAGCUUGAGACCCAUGUCAAGGACCUUGAGGGUAUCAAGGUCGAGUACGAUAUCCUCAAGGCCCGCCUUGAGGCUCUCAAGGGCGAGAAUACAACCCUCAAGACGCAAAUCGGCUCACUUCUCAAGGACCAGGAUGACAAGAGUUCCCAGAUCCUCAGCCUCGCGGAGGAACGUAACAGCCUUCGUUCUGAGAACGCAUCGCUCAAGGAUGAAAAUGAGUCGGUGACGAGCGAGCUUAGGCGCGCAGAGUCGCUCGUGGGCUCCGUUGCCGGCUCAGCUGCACCCUCCGUUAAUGGCUCGGCGGCCCCAUCUGUUGUGGGGUCCAUCGACGACAGUGACGCGGACACAGUCAAGGGCGAAGAUGAAGCACAGCCUGCGACCGAAGAGGAGGCAUCUGCACCUCCAGCAGAGGAUACUGUUGUAGCUCCAGCAGAGGAGCUACCUGCACCUCCAGUAGAGGAGACUGUUGCGGCUCCCGUUGUCGAGGAAGUCAAGGAUGACGCUGCCAGUAUCAAAUCCGCAGCACCUUCCGAAGCGGUUCGCGAGCCCGAAGUGGCAGAGCCAGAUGUGACACCCGUCGAGGAUGGUACUGCUACCGAGAAGGCCGAGUCCGUGUCUGCUAAAUCAACUACUCCCUCCGAGUCGGCCGUCAUGGAGGAGCUCCGCCAGCGUAUCGCUGAGCUACAGGAUCGCAACGACCAGCUGCAAUCUGAGACUGUCAAGCUUGGCUCUCUGAUGGCAGAGAGAGAUGAUUUGGCCACUCGCGUCGCCACGUUGGAGCCGGAGGCCGGCCAGGCGCCACAUCUACGUGAGGAGAACGCGGCCCUGACUUCGCAGCUGGCCCUCGUCAACACACAACUCGACGGCCUUCGUGCCUCUUACGAUGCGUCUGUCGCCGAGGUCAACAGUCUAAAGGACCAGAUCGGACAACUGCGCGGACGCUUGUCUACGCCAUCGCUGCAGGCGCGCUCCAGGGAGUCGUCCCGCGCGAGACAGCCGACGAAGACCAAGAAGGACAACGAGAAGAAGAAGGAGCAGUUAGUGGUUGUGCGAAACCCUAAUGAGCGGGGCGGAAUGUAA